UCUUUUCUAGCUGUCUGCAAGUGAAGGGAAGGAACUUCAUUUGGCCGUUUUCUUCCUCACGUGAUUCUACCCGUCAUCGUCUCCGAACAAGCUUCUCAAAAGAGCCAUGGACUUUGUUCUGAAUAAGUUAGAUAAACAUUUGGACAAUCAUGGAAGCCUUGAUCAGCACCGGAAGGACCUUAAAAGGAAAUUGGAGGAAUUGAAUGGCUUAAAGGAAGAUACAGAAUCUAUAAUGAGAACAGAGCUGCAGCCAAGAAAGAAACUCAAGUCGGAAGUCCGGAUAUGGUUGGGGAAUGUUGAAAGAAUCAAUGGCGAAGUACAAGUCCUUGAUGGAAGAAUCGGCGAAAGCAACGCUCUUACACGUGGAUUUCACGGAGAAGAUGUGUCAAAGAUUAUAAAGGAAAUUGAAGAACUUAUCACUCAACACGGUAAAUUUCAUGGAGGUUUGGUGGCUGACAAUCCUCAAUGGAUCGGACAAGUUUUGUCAACAAGAAGUUUAUCAGGUGAAGCUGUAAAGGCCUGUGUUGGAGAGAUUUGGCAGUGCUUGAUGGAUGAUGCGGUUCCAAAGAUUGGACUUUGGGGCAUGGGUGGCGUGGGGAAAACAAGCAUCAUGAAGGUUAUAAACAACCAACUCUUAAAAGAGACGGCAAAAUUCGAUAUUGUGAAUUGGAUCACUGUAUCCAAGGAGAUGAGUAUUGCUAAACUGCAGAAAGACAUUGCAAGUAAAAUUGGAGUACAAUUUUCUGGUGAUGAAGACGAAACAACAAGGGCAGGGAUGCUCUUUGAAACAUUGUCUCAGAAGAGUAGGUUUGUGAUAAUCUUGGAUGACCUAUGGGAGAAGGUUUCCCUUGAGAGAAUAGGAAUCCCUGAGCAGUCAAAUGGGAGUAAAUUAGUGUUGACAACCAGAUCAUCUGAUGUAUGUCGACAAGUGGGUUGUACAUUAAUUAAAGUAGAGCCUCUGACGGAAGAAGAUGCAUGGGAGUUGUUCUUGGAGAAGGUGGGUUGUGAUGUUCUCUAUAUUCCAGGGGUGGAACCGAUUGCAAGAUCAAUUGCUAAGCAUUGUGCUGGUUUGCCUUUAGGAAUAAUUACUAUAGCUUCUUGUAUGAAGGGCAUUGAUGACAUUUCAGAAUGGAGAAAUGCACUAACAGAAUUAAGUCUUCACAAAAAGAGUGUUAAUGGAUUUGAAGAGGAAGUUUUCCAACAAUUACAGUUUAGUUAUGAUCGUUUAAAGGGUCCAAAACUUCAAGACUGUUUCCUCAGUUGUGCAUUGUAUCCAGAAGAUUGGGAAAUUGAAGAGGAAGGUCUUAUUCAACUUUGGAUCGCAGAAGGGCUUGUGGAAGAAAUGGAUAGCAUGCAGUCAGAGUGUGACAGGGGUCGAGCAAUAAUGAACAGACUCAUCAGCAACUGUUUGUUAGAAGUUUUUACUUAUUCGGAAAAUGAAAGAAGUGUAAAGAUGCAUGAUCUUUUAAGGGACAUGGCAUUACAUAUUGCAAAAUCUCGAUUCUUGGUAAAAGCUGGCAUGAUGUUGGAAAAGGCACCAGAUGUGGAAGAAUGGAGCAAGGGUUUAGAGAAAGUUUCAUUGAUGAGCAAUUGGAGCUUGUAUAUACCUUCGGAAAUGUCAGUCCCAAAAUGUCCCAGGCUCACAACAUUGUUGUUGUCUGAUUGUGAUAUAGGGAGUAUUCCUGAAGGUUUCUUCAAGCAUAUGGGUGCACUUAAAAUUCUUGAUCUUUCCAAAAACUCUAUCAAGAGUCUUCCAAAUUCUUUAUCAAAGUGUUCCAAGUUGACAGCGUUGUUGUUGUCUGAUUGUUAUAUAGGGAGUAUUCCAGAGGCUUUUUUCAAGCAUAUGAAUGCACUUAAGGUUCUUGAUCUUUCUAGGAAUCCCAUGAAGAAUCUCCCAAACUCCUUAUCAAACUGUUUGAUGCUCACAACUUUGUUGUUGUCUGAUUGUGAUAUAGUGACCAUUCCAGAAGAGUUCUUCAAGCAUAUGGAUGCACUCAAGAUUCUUGAGCUUUUCAGAAAUCCUAUCAAGAGUCUUCCACAUUCCUUAUCAAAUUUGAAGAAUCUCAAUUCAUUAUUGCUAGCUCAUUGUGAAGAUUUAGGGAAUGUUUCAUCGUCGUCAAAUCUUGGAGUUUUAAAGAACUUGCCUAAAUUUAGAAUAUUGCUAUUCCCUGAGUGAGAUCCUAAAUGGAAUACUGCCAAGACUUUCUUGCCUUCAAGACUUGAACGUCGGCGAAACUCUGAUAAGUGGAAAGGAGGAUGGGGAAUUGAAGAAACUGGAAACUCUUGAAGGGAGGUUUUGUCAUUGGCACAACUUAAAUAUGUAUCUCCAAGCUUGUCAUGGCCG